UGUAGCCCAUCGCCAGGCGAGCUGGAAGGUGGGCAGCCGGAGGACCGGGGAGGUUAUAAAAGGCAGGACGGGGACGCAGCCUCCGCGCAGCUCCGCGGGGACCAGCCAGGCUCCUUCGCUGCAAGCCCAGAGGAUUCUCUCCCCGACGGCAGAAGCAGCCCAGCAGGAGCGGGGACGCUGCCAGCCAUGCCUCGGGGAGCUGGGCGCAGGGGCAGCUGAGGAUGGUGCCCGGCCUGCGUCCUGCCCCCCUCCUCCUCCUGCAGGCAUUUCUCCUCUGGGACAGCCAGGUUGCAGCCUCCAUCCAGGAGCAGUACUGUGAGAGCCUGCCGCCUGUCACCAACCACACUGGUCCCCAGUGCAACGCCUCAGUGGACCUGAUCGGCACGUGCUGGCCCCGGAGCGCGGUGGGACAGCUGGUGGCCCGGCCCUGCCCCGAGUACUUCUAUGGCGUGCGGUACAACACCACCAAUAAUGGGUACAGGGAAUGCCUUGCGAACGGGAGCUGGGCAGCACGUGUCAACUACUCCCAGUGCCAGGAGAUCCUCAGUGAAGAGAAGAAGAGCAAGCUGCACUACCACAUCGCUGUCAUCAUCAACUACCUGGGCCACUGUGUUUCGCUGGGGGCUCUCCUCGUGGCCUUUGUCCUCUUCAUGCGCCUGCGGAGCAUCCGGUGCCUGAGAAACAUCAUCCACUGGAACCUGAUCACAGCCUUCAUCCUACGCAACGCCACUUGGUUUGUGGUGCAGCUCACCAUGAACCCAGAGGUGCACGAGAGCAAUGUGGUUUGGUGCCGCUUGGUCACUGCUGCCUACAAUUACUUCCAUGUCACCAACUUUUUCUGGAUGUUCGGCGAGGGUUGCUACCUGCACACGGCCAUCGUGCUCACGUACUCCACGGACAAGCUCCGCAAGUGGAUGUUCAUCUGCAUCGGCUGGUGUAUCCCCUUUCCCAUCAUCGUUGCCUGGGCCAUUGGGAAGCUCUACUACGACAAUGAGAAGUGCUGGUUUGGGAAGCGAGCAGGUGUUUAUACUGACUACAUUUACCAAGGCCCCAUGAUCCUGGUGCUUCUGAUCAACUUCAUCUUUCUGUUCAACAUUGUCCGAAUCCUCAUGACUAAGCUCCGAGCUUCAACCACAUCAGAGACAAUCCAGUACAGGAAAGCAGUCAAGGCUACACUGGUGCUGCUGCCCUUGCUGGGGAUCACCUACAUGCUGUUCUUUGUCAACCCUGGGGAGGAUGAGAUCUCCAGGAUAGUCUUCAUCUACUUCAACUCCUUUCUGGAGUCUUUCCAGGGCUUCUUCGUCUCUGUCUUCUACUGCUUCCUGAACAGUGAGGUGCGAUCGGCCGUACGGAAGCGGUGGCACCGGUGGCAGGACAAGCACUCCAUCCGUGCCCGCGUGGCGAGGGCCAUGUCCAUCCCCACCUCCCCGACCCGUGUCAGCUUCCACAGCAUCAAGCAAUCCACGGCUGUCUGA